GAUUGAAAUAGUGUUUUCAAAUUUUUUAGUUACUGACUUGCUGCGUUUAGUAGUCGUAAACUUGAUAAGAAAUUAUGACUAGUAGUAAAAUACUAAAAUGAGUGAGAAUAUAAUGACUGGACGUUCAUUUUAUUCAACUGGCAGUACUUCUCAAAAUCUGUUUGUUUUUAAAUUUUUUGAUUUGUUCAACUUCAUUUUCAGUGGAAACAUAUUAAAUGAUGGUGAACUUAUGUUGUUAGCACAUUGCAAUUUCGCUACAAUUUUGUGGUAGAUGAGUUUAACUAAGAAGAAAAGGAAGAUGUCAUAUGACCCGAUGAAAAAGAGACUUUGUUUUUUACUGUGCUAAAUGAAAGGGUAAAAAAAGACCCAACUGGGAACCCAAUAUUUAAGGAUCGAGACUGGAAUGAUAUGGAUAAUGAAAUGUUGAUCCGAGGUCAUUAUCAGUAUGGUAGUGACGGGCUACGGGGAAAGUACAAUAGGUUGAAGCUCAUUCACAGACAAUUUGGUCAGUUAUUGGCUCAUACUGGAGUUACAUAUGAUUCCGGUCAGAAUGUUGUUUAUGCCACAGAGGAAUGUUGGCAAAAAUUUUACAAGUUGAACAGGGGCUUUAAGACCUUUAAAAGGAAGGGUUGCAAGAACUAUUCGUUAAUGAAUCUUGUUUUUGGACAAGGGAGUGCAAGUGGAGGACUUGCUACUCCUUCAACGCAAGUACUGACACUAUUAGAUGAGGAAAGAAGGAAUGAGGAUGUAUUUGUAAUGGUGAGGGGGGCAUGAGCUCUGAGAGGUCACACUCAAAAGGGAAACGCAAAGUUGAUGAAGUAACGGGAUCCCGCACUAAGGACUGGAAGAGUGUUUUGGCUAAUGUGGUCCAUGCAUACACGACAACAAUGAGUGAAAAAGAAAAAAGGCAUCGUACUCGAGAUGAAGAUGUUAGCAUCACAUCUACAGACUCUACAAGUGACGAGGAUGAUGAGUUCGGGGCCCUACUAUUAAUGGCUACAUGCGUUCUAGUUGAUGUCGAAAGAAUUCCAUGUCGAACGUCUAUACUGACAGGUAACGCUUAUAUCGACGAAUUAAUGACAGGUCAUCCACAAAGAUGCUAUGAGAGUUUUAGGAUGAACCCACAUAUAUUCCUAUGAUUAUGUGAAAGACUUAAGAAUUUGGAUUCUCUACUCGAUUCAAGAUAUUUAAGAGCUGAAGAACAAUUAGGAAUAGGUCUUUUAGUGUUAUGCCAAGGUGCGGGUCAACAUACAUGUGCAAAGCGUUUCCAUCACUCAAUGUGAACUAUUCACUUAUGUGUGAAACAUGUGGUAAGAGCAAUUGCACGAUUGGGCAAUGAAGUUAUAAAGUCGGUUAAUAGGGGCCCAGUUCAACCAGAAAUUUUAGAAGAGCGGAAAUGGUAUCCUUAUUUUGAGAAAUGUGUAUGUGCCAUUUAUGGUACUCAUGUAGCAUCCUCAGCACCCGCUUCCAAACAAAAGACAUUUCGCGGUUGGGAGGGAACAUGCAAUGACUCGCGAGUAUUUUUAGAUGCAAUUACAAGAAGCGAAAAUGGGUUGUCCAUGCCUCCUAUCGGUUAUUACUAUGUUGUUGAUGUCGGCUAUCCAAAUGUUCCUGGUUUUUUAGCUCCAUACCGUGGAGAGAGUUAUCACUUAAAUGAUUUUCGAGGUCGAGGACGAAUACGCAACAAGCAAGCUUUAUUUAACUACCGACACUCGUCCUUGCGUAAUGUGAUCGAGAGGUAUUUCGGAGUACUAAAGGAAAGAUUUCUCAUUCUAGACAUAUCACGUGGUUACCCAUUGAGAAGACAGAUUCAAAUUCCCAUUGCUUGUUGCGCAUUGGAUAACUUUAUUCGCAUGCAAGAUAGGAACGACCAUUUGUUCUUGGAGUAUGAGGAAGAGGAUAUGAUAUUUAACACAGAAGCAAGUACAAAUUAAAAUGGAUCACUCCAAUUUGAUAUGUCUCAACAACAACAAAUGCACGAAAUUC